UGACCAAAAUAACCAUGCCCCUUUUCUAGAAGAGUUAUAAACCCUCUUUUCUGCAAACCCUAGCCCUCUUCCAAUUUUUUCUGUAUCCAAUAAUUGACAAUAACGAUUUUCAUAGCAAGGCAAUUUUUUUUGGAAUAGAAUUACGUGCGGAAAGAGAUGACGGGUGGAUCAGAUGCGGUGGAGACGACGAACUUAUCAUGUGCCAAAUGCGGCAAACCAUCUAAUCUUCAGUGCCCUAAGUGCGUUGAAUUAAAGCUUCCUCGUGAAGGCGCUGCUUUCUGUUCUCAAGAUUGUUUCAAGGAAUCAUGGGGUUCUCAUAAAUCUGUUCACUUGAAGGCCAAGUUAUCUUCCCCUGCACCUGAAAAUGCCGGUGAACAAAAUUCAGGCUUGUCCAAUGAUCCUUGGCUCUACUGCUUGAGGAAAGGACAGUCACGUACAUCGAAGCUUCCAAAUUUUGACUGGACUGGAUCUUUACGACCAUAUCCAAUAUCGAAAAAACGUCUAGUACCUGCUCACAUUGAACAACCUGAUUGGGCAAUUGAUGGGACUCCAAAAAUUGAGCCCAGCAGUGAUUUUCAACAUGUUGUUGAGAUCAAGACUCCUGAUCAAAUUGAGAAAAUGCGAGAAACCUGUCGAAUAGGAAGGGAAGUACUGGAUGCUGCUGCCCGUGUCGUACGACCUGGAAUCACUACCGAUGAAAUUGAUGCUGUUGUUCAUGAUGCAACAAUAGCUGCUGGAGGAUAUCCAUCUCCAUUAAAUUAUCAUUUUUUUCCGAAGUCUUGCUGCACGUCGGUAAAUGAAGUAAUCUGUCAUGGGAUUCCAGAUGCAAGGAAAUUGGAGGAUGGGGAUAUUGUAAAUAUUGAUGUUACUGUUUGCUAUAAAGGAGUACAUGGCGACUUGAAUGAAACAUUCUUCGUUGGUAAUGUCGAUGAAGCAUCUAAACGACUGGUUCAGUGUACAUACGAAUGCUUGGAGAAAGCGAUAGCAAUUGUUAAACCUGGAGUGCGAUUCAGGGAGAUUGGAGAGAUUAUUAAUCGGCAUGCUUCUAUGUCCGGAUUGUCUGUGGUGAGAUCUUAUUGUGGUCAUGGUAUUGGAGAGCUCUUCCAUUGUGCACCAAAUAUACCUCACUAUGCCAGAAAUAAAGCUGUUGGAGUGAUGAAGGCAGGCCAGACAUUUACCAUUGAACCUAUGAUUAAUGCUGGUGUUUGGCGUGAUCGAAUGUGGCCUGAUGGAUGGACUGCUGUAACUGCCGACGGCAAACGCAGUGCCCAGUUUGAGCACACACUUCUGGUGACUGAUACAGGAGUUGAAGUUCUUACAGCCCGUUUGCCCUCUUCCCCAAACGUGUUUCCUUGGCUAAAAUCAUAAGUAUGCUAAUUCGAUCAAGGGAAUCCUUUUACCAUCGUUUUCGAACUGCUUGAUGAGUUUUUAAUGAUUGUUGCCCAUUUGUCGACCGUGGCAAAAUUGUUGUAUUCCUAUAUUUUUUUCCUUCAAAUUUUGAGUUAAUUUUUAUUUAUGUUUGUUAUAAAACGUUUGUAAAAUUAUUUAUCAGAGGAGUUUUGUGGAUUGCACAAUGAUUAA